UGUGAGGAUGUUGGGUUGAGCUCAGUCUUGUGUGCUUGCGUGUGUGUGUGUGUGUGUGUGUGCAGUGAGCAAGACACACUUUGAAAUGGCGUUAUCGUAGCAGCUCCGUGGGCUCCUGACAUCUUUUCCUUUUACAUUCUGGACACAAAAAGGAAGAGGACAUCCACAGCUGCAGUAAAAUGGGUAGCAAGUACCACUGGCAGAGCCAGAAUGUCAAGCAGAGUGGGGUGGACGACAUGGUGCUCCUCUCAAAGAUCACAGAGGACGCAAUCGUGGAGAACCUGAAGAAGAGAUUCUUGGACGACUAUAUCUUUACAUACAUCGGCUCAGUGUUGAUAUCGGUCAACCCAUUCAAACAGAUGCCCUACUUCACUGAGCGGGAGGUCGAGCUGUACCAGGGCGCAGCUCAGUAUGAAAACCCUCCCCAUGUCUAUGCUCUCACUGACAACAUGUACAGGAACAUGAUGAUUGACAGCGAGAACCAGUGCGUCAUCAUCAGUGGGGAGAGUGGAGCUGGAAAGACGGUUGCCGCUAAAUAUAUUAUGGGAUACAUCUCUAAGGUGUCAGGAGGAGGACCAAAAGUACAGCACGUGAAAGACAUCAUUCUACAGUCCAACCCACUUCUGGAGGCUUUUGGGAACGCAAAGACAGUCCGGAACAACAACUCCAGUCGCUUCGGUAAAUACUUUGAGAUCCAGUUCAGCAGAGGAGGUGAGCCUGACGGGGGUAAGAUCUCCAACUUCCUCCUGGAGAAGUCCAGAGUGGUCAGCCAGAACGAGAGCGAAAGGAACUUUCACAUCUUCUACCAGGUGCUGGACGGGGCUGCGCCUGACCAAAGAGAGGCCCUGGGCAUCAUGACUCCUGACUACUACAGCUACCUAAACCAGUCGGGCACCUACAAAGUGGACGGCACCAACGACAGCAAAGACUUCCAGGAGACCAUGGAGGCCAUGCAGGUGAUCGGCAUCCCUCCGGACUACCAGUUGCAGGUGCUUCAGAUCAUCGCCGGCAUCCUGCACCUGGGAAACAUCACCUUCAUCGAGCAGGGCAACUACGCCCAGGUGGAGAGCACCGACCUGCUGGAGUUCCCCGCCUACCUGCUGGGCAUCGACUCGGGGCGUCUGCAGGAGAAGCUGACGAGCCGCAAGAUGGACUCCAAGUGGGGGGGCAAGACGGAGAGCAUCCACGUGACGCUGAACCAGGAGCAGGCCAGCUUCACCCGCGACGCCCUGGCCAAGGCCCUCUACACGCGCGUCUUCGACUUCCUGGUGGAGGCCAUAAACAAGGCCAUUCAGAAGCCUUAUGAGGAGUUCAGCAUUGGCGUAUUGGACAUUUACGGCUUUGAGAUAUUCCAGAAAAAUGGCUUUGAGCAGUUCUGCAUUAAUUUUGUGAACGAGAAGCUCCAGCAGAUCUUCAUUGAGCUCACGCUGAAGGCCGAGCAGGAGGAGUACGUGCAGGAGGGCAUCAAGUGGACUCCCAUUGAGUACUUCAACAACAAGGUGGUGUGUGAGCUCAUCGAGAACAAGAACCCUCCGGGCAUCAUGAGUGUUCUGGACGACGUGUGCGCCACCUUGCACGCCAAAGGGGACGGGGCGGACGGAACCCUGCUGCAGAAACUGUCUGGCGCCGUGGGAACGCACGACCACUUCAACAACUGGAACGCCGGCUUCGUCAUCCACCACUACGCUGGCAAGGUGUCCUACGACAUAAACGGAUUCUGUGAGAGAAACCGAGACGUCCUCUUCCCCGACCUCAUCGAACUCAUGCAGAGCAGCACGCAAGACUACAUCUGCAGCCUCUUCCCAGAGAACCUCAGCCAGGACAAGAAGGGCCGGCCCUCCACCGCCAGCACUAAGAUCAAGAAACAGGCCAAUGACCUGGUGAACACGCUGAUGAAGUGCACGCCGCACUACAUCCGCUGCAUCAAACCCAACGAGACCAAGAGGCCCAAAGACUGGGAGGAGAGCCGGGCCAAGCAUCAGGUGGAGUACCUGGGCUUACGGGAGAACAUCCGAGUGAGACGAGCAGGCUUUGCCUACCGCAGAGUCUUCAACAAGUUCCUCCAGAGGUACGCCAUCCUGACGGCGGAGACGUGGCCGAGCUGGCGAGGGCGAGAGCAGGACGGCGUGCUGCACCUGUUGCGCUCCGUCAACAUGGACACGGACCAGUACCAGAUGGGCCGCACCAAAGUCUUCGUCAAGAACCCCGAAUCGCUGUUCCUCCUGGAGGAGAUGCGUGAGAGGAAGUUCGACACGUUCGCCCGCACCAUUCAGAAGGCCUACAGGAAGUACAUCGCCAGGAGGAAGUACGAACAGAUGAGGGAGGAAGCGUCGGACAUCUUGUACAACUCCAAGGAGCGGCGUAGGAACAGCAUCAACCGGAACUUCGUGGGCGACUACCUGGGCAUGGAGGAGCGUCCGGAGCUGCGGCAGUUCCUCGGCAAGAGAGAGCGCGUCGACUUCGCCGACUCCGCCAACAAGUUCGACCGGCGCUUCAAGGCGAUCAAGCGGGACUUGAUCCUGACCCCUAAGGGCAUCUACCUGAUUGGCCGAGAGAAGGUGAAGAAGGGACCAGAGAAGGGCGUGAUCAAGGAGGUGCUCAAACGCAAGCUGGAGCUGGCCAGCAUCCGGGCCAUCUCACUCAGCACGAGGCAGGAUGACUUCUUCAUUAUCCAUGAGGCUCAGUAUGACAGCCUGCUGGAGUCCAACUUCAAGACCGAGUUCCUCAGUCUGCUGUGCAAGCGCUACGAGGAGACGACCAAGAGCAAACUGUCCCUCUCCUUCAACGACAGGUUGGACUUUAAGGUCAAGAAGGAGGGCUGGGGAGGAGGGGGCACUAGGACCCUGGUGUUCCAGCGAGGGCAAGGUGACCUGGCGCAGGUAAAACCAGGCGGAAAGACCAUGACCAUCACCAUCGGCGACGGCCUGCCCAAGACGUCCAAACCCAGCCGGAAGGGAGCUGCGCAAGGCCAGGGCCGGAGGCCGCCGCAAGGCAGAGGACAUCAGAAUGGCGCUGCCCAGUUCUCGCGAGGCCACACCCCCGCCCCGCCCCGAGAGCAGACGUACUCCACCCCCCAGAAGCAGCAGCAGGCUCCGCCCACCAACGCCCUGCCCAAGAUAAACUCCCAGAAGGCCCGGCGAGGCCCCGCCCACAACCAGCCCCAGCAGAGCAACCAGGACUUCCUCAACGUGCCGGACCAAGGGGUGUCUGGCAUGCAGAGGAAGAAGAGCAUCAGCCAGCCUCGUGCCCCCCCGGCCCCCAACCGGCCCAUAACCCAGGCCCCUCCCCCCGGCCCGCGGUGCCGAGCGCUGUACCAGUACGUGGGCCAGGACACCGACGAGAUCAGCUUCGACGUCGGCGACAUCAUCGAACUCAUGAACGAAGAUCCGUCGGGAUGGUGGAGAGGGCGUUUCCGUGGCAAAGCGGGCCUCUUCCCUGGAAACUAUGUGGAGAAAUUCUGAAGCCUCCUCAGCGUCUGGUGCCUCCGACAAACAGCACUUUACGUCACCUCGUCAUCGGACUUUUUUUUUUCGCUCCCUGCGAGGAAUGAAUUACCUUACAGGGCGGUGAAACUGGACAAAAGAAAAAUAAGUCAAAACAUUUCAUCUACAGACACCACAUUCACAGUUUUACGCAGCGGAGUGAAGAGCCUGCAGUGUGAUUGGAGAAGGAUUUGAAGACGGCCUCUUCGUGUGGCUGAUUCUACUCAUGAAAUGGAGGUGUCUCACUGACCAGAAGCAGACACAAGGUGGCAGUGUUGGAAUGUGAACUUUUGUAACUUUUUGUUUUCUAUAAGAACAGCUGCAAGAGUGGCUCACUCGUCUCGUGCUUUAACCAUUUAACUCUCUGCUCUUCUGCAUUGUGUUGCUAUGGAGUGUCUCCCUUCAUCGCUGGAGUAGUCUGCCUUCAUCUCUGUGUGAUGUUCUAACACAACUUACUGUAAUACUUAAUAAAAUGCACAGCCAAAGCAGUGUUAAAGAGGCAGGUCCCUAACAUGUCCUCUGAGAUCUCCUUCAAAACCUUUGACUGUGGUGUCUGUGUUUGUGUAGGUGUGUGUGUGUGUGUGUGUGUGAGAGAGAGAGAGAGAGAGAGAGAGUGACAACAAGAAAGACAGUAGAGAAUGAGAGUGGCCCAUUCACAUCUCCUACUUCAUAGGAGUAAAGCUUUUUAAUGAUCUUCUCUGAUAGCCACUUUCUUUGGUGGUCUAUUCUACUGAUCCUCAUUUUAGUUCUAUAUAGACCUCACUAGCUCAGCAAUCAGCAUUAUACAUAGGCCUACAGAGGGCCGGGCAAAGCAGACAUGGUCUUCAGGAACCUGAUCUACUGGUAGGCCUGUCUCAGUCCUUUGACCUCACAUCUCAACAAUACGGUCUGUACUCGCUCACACAUGCACACUAAUGUGGGAGGUUGUGUGUGUGUGUGUGUGUGUGUGUGUGUAUGUGUGUGUGUCUGUUUCCUUCAAAGUCUUGCACUCUACCAUGGCGAAGUUGUCAGACUGGUGUGGUAUGUGAAAUGAAGACAGGUGGAUAUCAGACAGAUAGAGAGAGAGAGAGAGAGAGAGAGAGAGAAAGAGAGAGGAAGGGAAAGUGUGUGUGUGUGUGUGUGUGUAUGUGUGUAUGUUUGUGAGUGUGUGGACACUGAGAGAGCACUUGACUGUCACAUAAAAAUGUUCUGCAAUCAGCUAGACUUCUUGACAUAACAGAGCAGAAAGAUAAGAAUCAACCAUUGUCAUCAAUGCACUCAGGGGGAAAAGAUGUAUUAGGCCUACCUGAUAAAAAAGAAAAAUAUCUAAAUAUCAAUUGACGUCAAUAAAGGAUCGUGUUCACUGACUUUUGUUCCGACUUACAUUAAGCUUUUAGUGACAUGCAUUUCACAAAUUAAAACGGACGUCGCCUUUCUUUAAAUAA